ACGAGCCCGUAGCAAGCGUAGUAGUAGUGCAGUGCGCACGCGCAUUUCAGAAUAUGGACCCACUACGUAAACAAUGCAGCUCAACGGUGAAGAUGUCUGGAAGUGCCACUGUCGCUCAGCGCUGCCACAUUGGACUCCAGCAGUUAGAGGCCAUAGCUGCCACCACACAUAGCUUUCUGGGCCCCAACAAACGGCCCAAGUUCAUCCAAGAUGAAGACGCCGGGGAUGCGGUGUUGGUCAGCUCCUGUUCCCGUCUGCUUGAGCAUAUCGAGCUGGACGGCUCAGUCGGACAACUGCUACAUGAGAUGGUACAGGCACAGCAGAAGGUCUUCCACUCUGGGACGGGCACACUGGUGUUUCUGGCCGGAGUCUGGAGUAGAGUUGCUUUAGAGUGUCUAAGCAGAGGAAUAACUGUGUUGGAUAUCAAAACAGCCAUGAGGAACGGAUUAGAUGUGUGUUUGGAGGUAUGCAAACAAUCGGCUGUAAGUGUGAAAGAAGUUUCUUGCCAGAAACUAAAGGAGCUCAAACCUACUUCAGCUCUUAAAUCAGAAAAUCAGGACUCAGAGACACAAAGCUUGGAUGUUAGACUCUCUCAGAAUCUCAGGUUAAAACUCAAACACAGCAGACACUUUAAUUUACAGACUGAAAACACACAAACAACUCCGAAUGACGUAAGUGGAAUAGCGCAAGCCGUCAGCCACGGAUGCGACUCCUCCAUGCGUUUAGUUUUACAAGCAUGCAAGUUGCAAUCCAAAAUCACAGAAGAUGCACGAAACAGACCUUUGGAUAUUCAAAAGCUGGUCACGUGCCUCAUUCCAGGCAUGUCUGAGGAGAAAUCAUGUGUGUUGCAUGGCUUUGUCACAUUGCUGUCAGUCGAACAGGCCUCUGUGGUUCGGCGCCUUCAGGGUCAGGCGCUAAAAAUCGCUUUGGUGAAUGGUGAUUUGUCCGAGAAGUAUCGCCACGUGGGUUUCAACAGGCCUGCGAAUGUCGUGCACAUCACAGAUCGUGCUAACAUGUCAAGCGUGAGUCUGGAAGAGCGUUGGAUUGAGGAUGCAUUGAGAAAACUGCACGAGUUCAGUAUUGAUGUUGUGCUUGCGAGCGGCACGGCUGGUGCCAAACUCAAAGACCGAGCUCUCGGUGCAAACGUCUUGGUUAUCGAAGGUGUUAAAAGCAGCGUUUUGAAUGACUUCAGCACACGCACAGGCGCCAUCACGGUUUCAUACGUCACGCAGAUUGACGAGAACUGCGUGGGACGGGGUGUCACAGUCAGUCCAUGGAGAGAUUGCAGUAGAAAAAAAGAUUUAGUCGCGGUCAGCAUUGUGAGUGCAAGCACGUCUCUGGUCACGGCAGUCAUAAGCAGCUCUUUAUCUGCUAAAGUACAAAGCUUGGAGGAUCAAUUCUGGAGCUGUGCUCAUCGGUUGCACCAAGCUUUCACAGAUGGGAAGUUGCUGCACGGCGCAGGAGCCACCGAACUCCUUUGCAUCCAGCAGCUUCAUCAAUCCAGGCAGACAGAGAUGGAGAACCUACAGGAAAGUGUGGUGCUGGAGCUGAUGGCCGAAGCCUGGAUGGAUUACGUCUCCACUUUAAUGCUGAACAGCGGGUCGGUGGUAUCUAAAUCAGAGGCUUGGACGGCUAUUGCACAUCAGAUGAGACUUUAUAAAGCUGGAGAAGCCAUAUCGCGGGAUGCAGAUGGAGUUGGUGUGUAUGAUAACGUGACAGUGAAGACUGAAGCCUGGAGGAGAGCUCUGGAUCUGGUGUUUCUGGUGCUUCAGUCUGACACAGAGAUCAUUACAGGUGUCAGUGAAGGAGAACAUGUUUACAGUGAGCUCAUGUAUCUUUGAUAUUUGAGGCAUAAUUCAGUUUUUAAAAAAAUAAUUGAAGCCUUUCUUUAUUUUCAUUAUAUCGUCUUUACUCUGAAGAUGCUUGAGGUGUUCUAUACAAGUAAGCUGGAAAUCUUUUACGACAAAAUGUGCUCCCGUAUUUUUUUUUAAAGCAAAGUUUUUGUUUUUUGUUUUACUAUUUGUCGGUUUUAUACAAAAAUACGUGUAAGUUGGAAUGUAAAAAUUAUUAAGUGUAAUAUAAGAUUAAAAAAAGGAUUAAAUACAUAAAUUCAAAACUAAAUUGUCUGGGAAAACUUGAUUCAUUCAUUCAGUAUAGCCUACAGAUUUGGUUUUGUAUAUUAUUAUUAUUUAAUUUUUUUAUUCAUAUAGUCUCUUCAUUGUUUGAUAGAAAGGUAACCAGUACAGAUGAUAAUACCAAUAUGUAAUUUUUAAGUACAUUGGUAUAUUAUUUUAGAUCUCUUUAUCCUUCAAAUACUUUUUUUCAGCGUACAAUACUGUCACAAAGUGGCCAUAAAUGUGCAUUGCAUGUAAAAACCAUAUUAGGUUUUUUUUCAAGGUGAAAUGAUAAUCGCGAGCGCCUGUAUACAAUAUUGUGAUACUGCGCUAUUACAAAGGCAUACUGUUAUUUCCUACGUUAAAUAACUGGGUUGUAUAUUGUUAACGUAACGUAUUUUACUUCUAUCUUGAAAAUAUUUAUUUGGAUUACGGUACGUUUAGAGCAUGUAUUUUUGUUUACCAUCUGCUAUAAAAGUAAUGUAUAAAUCUCAAAAGAAACAUGUUCAACUGAAGUAAAAUUUUGCAUAGCAUUACAAUAAAUAUCAUUCCAAAAAGUUCUAUAUUGAAUUAUAUUGAAAUUAUUUUAUUUAUACUGAAAUCUAG